AUGGCCAGUGAAACUCCACGUAUUCCAGCAACUCAAAUCAACAACCAACCUUCAGUGUUUAGAAUUAUUGGUAAAAUCAAAUCACAACCUAAUGAAAGCACUUUAAUACUUGAAUCUCCAGUAGGAGAAUUAAAUGCGAUUGAAAUGAUCACUAUCAAUAAUGUUCGUAUAACCACAAUGAAUCAAAAAUUCCAAAUAGGCAAAUGGUAUGAGUUUGUCUGUAGAUCAAGUGAUAAUGGUGAUUCUGGGUUCUUAGUAUUAGAUGCCUUAGAAUGUGUUUUAAAAGAAAAUGAAGAUAUUAGUGUUGAAGGUAUUGUUGCAUUGCAAAAUUUGUAUGGCAAAUUCCCAGAAAUCUUUUAA